UGAACUGAAACCAUAUUUAAUGAUUACGCUUUUUAUUAUUUCUAUUAUUAUUAUUUAAGGGAAACGUUUUGGCACGUGUAUCCAUUUGAAGUGCGCGCCUAACCCCAUUAUUACGGCUUUAUGUGCGUUCCUAACACCGUUAUGACGGUUGUAUAUGCGCGCCUAACCCCGUUAUUACGGUUAUCAUCAUACAACAAUGGCGGCCCCCUGAACGCACUCAUACAAUGUUUCUUGGUACUGUAUAGAACGGAAGUUACAAUAACAAAAAAACUUCAAAAUUUCAAAACCAUGCGACUUUUAACUUAAAUACAAAAAUCACCACUGCAGGGCAACCGAUGUUUGACAUGUCGCUUGCACGGAGACUACUGGUCCGACAGCACUUCCUGUCAGAUUGCUUCGUUCGGGCUGCCAGCAAUGCAGCUCGUCUAAAAUAUGACGUCGUCGUUGUUGGAGGCGGCCACGCUGGGACGGAGGCCGCGGCCGCAGCAGCCAGGACUGGUGCUGAAACAUUGUUGAUCACACAGAAAAUUCAAACAAUCGGGGCUCUGUCAUGCAACCCCUCCCUGGGUGGUGUAGGGAAAGGUCAGUUGGUAAGGGAGGUGGAUGCGCUGGACGGCUUAAUGGGGAGAGCUGGGGACAGGGCUGGGAUUCACUUCUCCAUCCUCAACCGCAGCAAAGGCCCUGCUGUCUGGGGGCCUAGGGCACAGAUCGACCGUGGCUGCUACAGAGAGUUCAUACAGUCCGAGCUCUUGAACAUGCCGAGGCUGACUGUAAUCGAGGGAUCUGUGGAGGACCUUUUACUGUCCGCUGCUGACCCAGAGCAGCCAGGAAAACACAAAGUGACAGGAGUUCGUAUGGCUAAUGGAGGCGGGGAGAUCCUCUCUGGUUCCAUCAUCCUUACCACAGGCACUUUCCUCUCUGGUUCCCUCUUCAUGGGCCAGACCACCUCUCCAGGCGGGAGAAUGGGUGAUCCCCCCUCCUGCGCUGGACUCUCCCACUGCCUCAGAGAGGUGCUUGGGUUAAAGGUUGGUCGGCUACGGACGGGAACGCCCCCUCGUCUUGUUAAAGACACGGUCGACUUCUCCCUCACCGAGCUGCACCUGCCUGAUUCGAAGCCAGUACCCUUCAGCUUUGUUAAUAAACACACUCAGUGCAAGCCAGAGGAGCAGCUGCCAUGUCACCUGACAUACACCACGCCUGGAGUGGACAAGGUGGUGAGAGAAAGUCUGAACGUCAACUCCCAUAUACAUCAGGACACCAGAGGACCCAGGUACUGUCCCUCCAUAGAGUCCAGGGUGCUACGAUUCCCAGGGCGACAGCACCAGGUGUGGCUGGAGCCAGAGGGUUUGACCUCCGACCUUGUGUACCCUCAGGGCUUGUCCAUGACCAUGCCCCCAGAGCUGCAGCUCCGGCUCCUCAGGGAGAUCCCUGCCCUGCGGCGGGUGGAGAUUCGCAUGGCAGGCUAUGGGGUGCAGUAUGACUUUGUGUGUCCGACGCAGCUGUUCCCUUGGCUGCAAAUGAAGAAUGUUCAGGGACUUUUCCUUGCCGGUCAGAUUAAUGGGACCACAGGCUAUGAAGAGGCAGCAGCUCAGGGCCUGUGGGCAGGCGUGAACGCGGGCCGAAUUGCCCUCUCUCUGCCCCCUAUGUCUCUGUCCCGCACUGAGAGCUACAUCGGUGUGCUGAUUGAUGACCUGGUGGGCCGUGGCGUGACGGAACCAUACCGCAUGUUCACCAGCCGGGCCGAGUUUAGGACUGCACUUAGGCCGGACAAUGCGGACUUGCGCCUUACACCCCGAGGGUUUGAGGAGGUGGGCUGCGUGUCCUGGCAGCGCUACCAAGAAGCUGUGCGCGUGAGCCGCGGCCUGGGUGAGGCUCUCUCUGCCCUGCAGUCCAUCACACUGUCAUCCUUCCAGUGGAGGGAGAAGCUGGGACACUUCAGCAUCAGCGAGACCAAGAGCACCCUCAUCAGUGGAAAAGAGGUGUUGCAGUAUAAAGAUGUGUCCUUUGACCUGCUGGCAUCCGCCUUCCCUGACAUCCUUUCACCAUAUCUAGAAUUCUCUGAGCGGUUGAAAAUUGAAGCUGUGUACCAGCCGCACUGUGAGAAGCAGAGGCAGGAGAUGGAGAGAAUGCGUAAGGAAGAGAGCCUCGCGCUACCUCAGGACAUCGAUUACUUCUCCCUCCCUGUGUCCCUAUCAGACGAGGUCCGCGAGAUACUGGACAGAGCACGUCCCAGCACAUUGGGGGCAGCCACGCGACUGCCUGGCAUAACCCCUGCGGCCAUCAUCCACCUGCUCAGAUUUGUGACCAAAGUGGGCGUAACCACGGGCGAAGCCGCAUACAUGCAGGUGCGUGGACCCAAGCCGGACUGUUGGCGAGGAGCAAGCGUGCAUGAGCGAGAUCGGGAGAAGGCCACUGUGGUGCAGAGCUAGCUUCACAACACUGUUACUACAACCAAAUAAAGAGAGGCUGCACAACAGUGCACUAUGUAAAA